UCAUUUUAAUGAUCAAUCACAAAACUUCAAUCUUUGUCAAGCUCUUCAAAUUGUAAAUGAAACUCAUUUUUAUUUUAGUACGGUUCAUAGUUUCAAACGAUCAAAAUGACUUUAACGCUUCUUGUGAUUUCGACUUAUGUCUGUCUAGCUUCAGGUCAAGGUGUGUUUUAUGGCGGUAUACCUCCAGGUAGCAGCUAUGGGCCUAUGGGGCGAGGGUUUUUUCCUCCUAGGUAUGAAAGACCAUUCACCCCCGCACCCUUUCGAGGUUCAUUUUCCGAUGGAUCUUUCGGUAGAUCGUUUACACCGUCAGUGGGUACCAGUGGCCCAUUUACACCUCGAGAGCGAUCGUUUAUGCCAAACGAAAGAGGCUUUUCAGGAAUGACCAGAUCUGACACGUCUGUUUCUCCUAGAAGAGCCCCAUUUUCGUCGUUUGGAGGUUCUCUUACUUCAAUGAGUGGUCCUGUGACGUCAACGGAAAUGUCUGUUGCCUCAAGGAGAGGACCUGUGGUUUCUAGACGAGGCCGAAUGAGUUAUAGGAGAGAACCUUUCACACCAAGGAAAGACUAUGGGACCUCUAGAAGAGGCUACGUGACCUCUAGAAGAGGAACUGCGAGCUUUUCUGCGAGCCCUUUUGCAUCAACAGGUGGUAAAUUUGCGCCACGUUCUUUUCGAAGUACAGGUAUAAUGUCUAGAUCACCCGCUUACUCUCCUACCUCGUCUGCACCUUCGUCUUUGCGAGACUAUUCUAUAUAUGGAAGACGAUUCCCCUCCAGCUCUUUGCCGGCAUCAUCUCAAGUUACAUCAUUUCGAGGAAUGGGCUCAUUUGGAAUGAGAUAUACGCCAGACAGUGACAUUUAUUCAGAUCGUUUAGAUAAUUAUUCAGAUCGUAUAGAAGAUCGUUAUGAUCGUUUCAGUGACAGAGUUGGAGACAGGCGGAAUAGGCGAAUUGAUCGCUUUGAAAACUACAAAGACCGUAUUGACAAUGUUGGUGACAGAAUUAAAGAUAGAUGGGAUCGAGUUAGUGAUAGGAUUGAAGACCGAGUUGAUACAGUUAGUGAUGCCUUUGAUAAUAGAUCUGAUCGCAGAGAAAACAUCAUGGAUAAUGUAAAAGACAGAGUAGAAAACAUAUUUGAUCGCAGAGAAAACAUCAUAGAUAAUAUAAAAGACAGAGUAGAAAACAUAUUUGAUCGCAGAGAAAACAUCAUAGAUAAUGUAAAAGACAGAGUAGAAAACAGAUUUGAUGGUUUAAAGGAUAGACUUGAUAAAGUAAACGAUCGUAUUGACGAUAGAUAUAGCGAUAGAUUUGACAAUAUCGCUGACCGUUUUGACAAUCGAAUUGAUAACAUCAAGGAUAGAGUAGAGAACAGAUUUGAUCGGAUAAGUGACCGAGCUGACAAUGUAGAGGAUCGAUUUGAUAAUGCAUUUGAUCGAAGAGAAGACCGUUUUGAUUCAUUUAGUGACGGAAUGAAAGACAGAUACUAUCCUCGCAGGUUCGGCUCAUCCAGCUUCUUUCGUUUUAGAAGAUAAGUAAUUCAUUUAAGGACUUCUCAAAAUUAUGUAAAUAGUGUAAAGCUGGUGGAUGUUAUUCAUUCAAAUACACUGUGAAAAUAAACAUAAACGAAAGGUCAAUUACAGUGAGUUAAAUUAUAGUUUUGAAAGCAAACUUUACAGGAGUGCGUGGGUUUUCACCUGUUAAUUUAAAUAAAAAUUCAGAUGUAAAAACGUGAGAUAAAGCGAUAUGACAAAAGAUUCCAAAGUCCGAAGGCGCAAAAGGAGAACGGAAGUUGUAACAAGAAUAAAUGAAUCAAAUAAUUAUUCAACGAGGAAUAGUUUAGGUUAUUUUCAUUAAUAUUGACACACCCAGAAGGUAUCCAAUGCAUGUUAAUCGUUACUUAUUAGUGUAAGUUAAAUUGGUAAAUAAAUGUAGAUCUAUUUGA